GGAGAGGGAUUCCAAAGGAGUAAAUAAACUUUUGGAUCAAUCCGAGAUCUUCCUUUUUUUUCCCCUCCCAGAAAGAAACUUUCCCGGUUGAUUCGCACACUGAAACCAGAAGCAAAAUCAGUCAAAUUACAUUUUGUUUUGUUUUAUUUAAAAUUUUGAGAAAUAUUGAGUGGAACGAAAGGUGAAGAUGAAUAUAUUCAGAUUAGCAGGGGACAUGACCCAUUUACUUAGUGUUCUUGUUUUGCUUCUCAAGAUCCACACAAUCAAAUCUUGUGCCGGAAUUUCCCUGAAGACGCAGGAACUCUAUGCUAUAGUCUUUGCUACUCGUUACUUGGACAUAUUCACUAGUUAUAUCUCGCCUUAUAACACAAUCAUGAAGCUAAUAUUCCUGGGAAGCUCUUUCUCAAUUGUAUGGUACAUGCGAUAUCACAAGAUAGUUCGUAGAUCUUAUGAUAAGGACCAGGAUACAUUUCGGCAUUAUAUCCUUAUGCUGCCUUGCCUGAUUCUUGCCCUUCUUAUAAAUGAGAAGUUCACCUUCAAAGAGGUCAUGUGGACAUUUUCCUUGUAUUUGGAAGCUGUCGCCAUACUUCCUCAGCUUGUAUUGUUGCAACGGACUAGAAAUAUUGACAACUUGACCGGACAAUAUGUUUUUCUCCUCGGUGCAUACAGAGCAUUGUACAUAUUGAACUGGAUUUAUCGGUACUUUACCGAAGAGCAUUUUGUCCACUGGAUAACUUGGAUUUCAGGGCUUGUCCAGACAUUGUUGUAUGCUGAUUUCUUCUACUAUUACUUCCAGAGCUGGAAGAAAAAUGUGAAGCUCCAAUUGCCAGCUUGAGAAUCUAAUGGCGCAAGUUUACCAGUAGCAUGCAUAGAUGUCAGUACUUGAUAUUCGAAGUUUGGGUAAACUACAUAAGUUGUCCCUAACUUUUAGGACAUUUGCAUUUUAGUCAUCGAACCAUUAAAACCUACAAUACAGUUACUGAACUUUUAGGAGAUCAA